CUCUGGCCCCAGGAGGACCCAUUUAAGCUGCUGGCUCACUGAGGCCGCGCUGGGCCCAGGGCCCCUCGACACCCCCACUGCUCGCUGGUACCCACACCUCCCCAGGGACUUUCUCCCUCACUUUCCCUGCCCCCGCCCCCCAGCCCCUGUCUAUGCAAAUCCCGGGGAGGGGGAACAUUUGCCUGGCCCCCCGGCCCCCACUUCCUGUCCCGGGGAGGGAGCGGGGGUUGGAUGUGGUAGGACUGGGCCCACUCGGGGACACCACACGACUGCACGGCUUGGGUGGUCACAGCUGCCGCCACCUGCCCCUGCCAGCCCCCGGCCUUGACAUGCCCCUGUGUCUCUCCCCCGCCAGGCUGGACGCACCCCAUUUCAGCUGUCUGUACCCCGAGGGCGUCUUCUAUGACCUGGACAGCUGCAAGCACUCCAGCUGCCCCGACUCCGAGGGGGCUCCUGACUCCCUGUGGGGCUGGACUGAGGCUCCGCCCGUCCCGGCCGCCCCCUACGAGGCCUUCGACCCAGCGACGGCCGCUGCCUUCGGCCAUCCCCAGGCUCUCCAACUCUGCUAUGGACCCUCCAGCUACAGCCCCACGGGGAGCCUCGACCCCUCCCCCAGCCUGGAGGCCCCCGGGCCCGGCCUCCCUGCCGCUGCUGCCGCCUACCCCUCAGAAGACUUCCCCAGCCAGCCUCUGGCCCCCCCAGUGUACGCCCCGUACCCCAGCCCCGUGCUGUCCGAGGAGGAGGAGUUACUAAUGGACAGCCCCGCCCUGGAGGUCUCGGACAGCGAGGCGGAAGAGGCCCUCAUGGCUGGCCCCGAGGGGCGGGGGUCCGAGGCAGGGGCCCGCAAGAAGCUGCGCCUGUACCAGUUCCUGCUGGGGCUGCUGACGCGCGGGGACAUGCGCGAGUGCGUGUGGUGGGUGGAGCCCGGCGCCGGCGUCUUCCAGUUCUCGUCCAAGCACAAGGAGCUGCUGGCGCGCCGCUGGGGCCAGCAGAAGGGCAACCGCAAGCGCAUGACCUACCAGAAGCUGGCGCGCGCGCUGCGCAACUACGCCAAGACCGGCGAGAUCCGCAAGGUCAAGCGCAAGCUCACCUACCAGUUCGACAGCGCGCUGCUGCCCGCGGCCCGCCGCGCCUGA